CUUUAAAAUACAAUAAGUACAUAGAGUUCCAAAUAACAGGCAGAAAAAAUACACGAUGGUGGAGGUGGGCGCUAGGACCCAACGGUGGACUGUAAUUGCCCAUGUCGUCCUAGAUCUUUUCUAUAACACCGUGCAGCCACUUGCGGCCGGAUGCUCCCCAGAUGUCUCAGGACCGAAAGACAAAUAAAAUUCCUUUCUUGCGAGGAUUCACUGUAGCGCACAGCAUUCAACACUGCAUUCAGCGACUUCCACACCUGACUACAGGACGCAAAACAGCACGCAAGGCUGAGUGGGACUUUAAAACUUUAUUACAAAAUUUUAUUCCGCGAGCAAAACUCUGACUUAUAAACAUGCAAAUGACAACAAUACCGCACUAAGUUGUUGCAGUCAAUUUAACAAAAAUGUACUCGAUUUAAUUUUUGGAGAAAAAAGUGUAUUUUUCGUUUUUAUCUGACAUAUAAAAGAAUUAUCUCUCGUUACGUUAGUUGUCCUGGAAUUGAAAUUAUAUUAUAUAUAGGAUUAUGUCGUAUCGAACGCCGCGAAAGAAGUCGCCCACUUGUUGACUUUGUUGCUAUUAGGAAGGGAAGAGAACAGGACUGUUAAACGCCCACGUGCAUUUGCCUCCGCGUCAGAAUAGGAAGAGCGGUGUCCGGCGGUGGACUCCAGUCAUGCAGAGCCGCGCUACUUCUCCACGGCAGUCCUGUCACACGUCGAUUCGUGCGGCGCGCAGGAGCGAGUGGCUUCGCGGGGCUCUGGCCCACCACUACGAGCCGGACCCCAGCGUCGACAACGAGAUCGUCGUGCUCGCCACGGGGAUUGACCAGUACCUGCAGGAGGUCUUUCACCACCUGGCCUUCUACAACGGCGGGGAUCUCGUCUCCGCCGACGACUUCUUGCUGCUGUGUGACGUUCUCGGAAUAUUCGCAGCCAGCGAGGGCGCGCGGGAGACGGACGACGACGAAGGGGCGCUAGGAGUCCGCUCCGGACUGCCCCGCGAGCUCCACUUCAAGGAGUUUCACGCGCGCCUCUGCGGCUAUUUCGGUGCGGGCGCUCGCGGCAAAGCAGAGGCCAGCGCGCGCCUCCCAGUCACGGAGGAGACGGAGCACAUCGAGCGCGAGAUCAGACUGCGUUGGCCGCGUGUGCGGCGGAGGAAGUGUGUCAGCUUUGAUCUGUCCAAAGAUGUCCAGUCGUGGAAGCGGAUUUCGGGGUCUAAACCGAAAACAAGCCACCUGCACGGCACCACUGGAAAGCCACUUGAUCAUAGGGUUGCAGACUCCUUGCUACCGGGGGUGGUACAACAGCUGGAGAUGGAGAAUGCAAGUCUCCGAGAGCUGGUGGAGGACCUCCGGUCUGCCCUGCAGGGCAGUGAUGCCCGCUGCCUGUCGCUUGAGGUGGCCCUGCGUCGAGAGAGGGGUCCCAUCUCCAGAAAAUCAGCCAGAGAGAGGAGAGCAGACAGUGGGCUGACCAGAUGCCCACAAGCCCAGUGGUAUGGGCGGGGAACUAGAGACUUGUUGAAGGAGCUGGAGUUGAUCCGGGACUCCCGUGAUGGACAGCUUGAGGAGGCCAUGCGCUUCAAUCAGAGGCUGGAGGAGGAGCUGUGCAUGGCCCACUUGCAGGGCCAGAAGCUGGAGGAGACAGUGGCCUGGCUUCGGAGGGAGAAUGGACAGAUCAAACGGAUGGCAGAGGAGGCGAGGGCAGCCCUGGCAAAUGGGUUGGACAGGGUCAAGGAAAUUCAGGGACAGGCCCAGCUGGUACCCUCAUUGCAGAACAGACUGCAGAACCUGGAGGCAAAGCUCCAGACUUUCAGGAGCAGUUGCACCUGCGGAGCGGAAAGCAAGAAGCAAAGGGGCUGCUCUUCCAUGAGCACUGGGUCUCCGCUGCACACUGAGAGAGAAGAGUCCUGCCUCGAAGGGGUGGAGGAGGACCUGCAGAGGGCAGUGGAAGGCCGGGCAGCCUCAGAUGAAGAGGAGGAGGAGAGAGGGGCUGAGGUGGGACAGUGCUGCCUGAUGGAGGUGAAGAGGCUCAUUAAGCGACUGCACAACUGUGCCAAGGGCUGCCAGAGCACUGCUGCACGCCUGCUACUUGUGACACAAGUAUAUCUCCAUGACAACCGACCGAAGAGCUUUAACAUCUCAACAGUGGUAAAGGGGGGGAGCCCCAGGACCCACACUUGCGCAAAAGAAAAGGAGAGUGGCCUGGAAAAGCAGUUGCUGUGCUCUACAGUGAAGGACAUGAAGCUGAGAGAGAGGGAGGUGGAGGCUUUAGGGCACGAAAUCCAGAUUGUGGAGACGGAGAGAUUUCGACUUUCGUUGUUGGAGGAGAAGCUGACAGAUGCCCUAUCGCUGCUCCUGCAGCUGCGUAGCCAGAACAUUUCUCAAAGAGCUCUGGGAAAGAUUCUGUUGGACACACUAAACGUAAGCAGCAACGCUGGUCACGUCCCCUCCCAUGCUCUGCAGGUGGUGGAUGCCCUCUGCCAGCAGCUCCUCUGCUGUGACCUCCUCAUGGAGGAGGGAGAGACACGGGCCAGCAGCACUGCUCCCCAAGAUGCCUCCAACCACCUGCUCAUCUCGUGCUGAGGCACCCCAUGGUGGUGAUGCUGUCAGACCUCGCAGUCUGCACCAGACAAGGGAAGAGCUCUGCUCUGUGCCACUGCUGCGGGCAACUUCGGCAUGUGGUCCAACACUGAAUGAGAAGCCUAUACUACGUUUACUCUCCCACCUUUCCCUGGACUUCACUGUCAGCCCACAGUAGGACACAAAUGCAACUGUGUCCAGUGUACCUCGGUACAGGUUUUGCUGACAGUCCUUUCAAAGGGUUUUUGUCUUACUUAUUCAUUUGGUUGACACUUUUCUUCAAAGUGAUUUGCAAUGUUAAGACACCUACUAUUAUUUCUCUAUUUAUACACCUGGGUAAUUUUACUGGAAUAAUUUAAGGUAUGCUUAAGGGUAAGACAGGUGGAGGAGGGAUUCAAACCUGCAACCUUUCGGGCCCCAAGCCCAUAACCAGUACGCUACCUGCUUCUUAUCUGUGUAGAGGGCUUGCUGGAAAUGUGUGUAUUUAAGUGAGAAACAGCUGGCCCGUAUGCAGACGUUUCCGUUUUUUGUAACAUGUCUUUUAAAAGAUUAUUUUGUCUCAAGGGAAAUAACUGUGAAAAUCAGGCCAUUCCCCUGAUAUACUCACAUCGAGCAAAAAUUUGAUUUAUGCAAAUUAUCUGUGGCAUAAUUUGUCUGACAAACAAGGAAUGCAAGCAGUAAUACAUGGUGAUGCAAGUUGAUGGAGGAAACAUCACUGUUCCUCACUCUUAUACAGGUCUUCACAAGCAGGGCUUUGUCCUGUGGAAAAGAGACACUAAAUGCACAUCUGGAUCUUAACAACUGGGCUUUGUGGAACGCAGGGGCUGCCUCUGCCUUGCUCGCCGGCACCCAUGAAGUGCGGCCUUUAUCUGCACCUCCGUCACUGUGCUGUGCAGAAGUGGCCCUCAGAAUGUGGCCGUGGCCCACAGUGGGGAGUGUGUUCAGCUAAUAGAGCUCAGUGAGGUCACUGUUCCUUUUGACAUGGGGGGGGUUGGAGUGGUCCUCUGAGUGCUGUUCCCAUACUGGUCCCCCUGCUUAUCCAUAGUGGCCAAGUAUAAUGUUUCUGGGAUUUACACUCCUGCACAAAUAUAUUGUCACCUUUUCAGAGAUGUUAAGUGUAUUUCUAUGAUAAUAUGGUUGGAUUAUCUUAGUCCUCCCCGCUGGAAUGCCUCAGUUUUAUAACUAGCCGAAGGGUGAUAACUGAUCCCUUGUAUUUUGUUAUUGCAAAGUGAGAAAGUGUCAGAACUGUUUGUACUGGAUAGAGAGAAGCUACAGUGCACUUUUUAAAUUUUAUUACCUCUCUGGGUUAAUGGGCAGAUGGAUGGUGUGAGGGAUAGAAAACACGAGUGCCCUUUGGGCACUGCGGUCUUCCCUCCACAGAGUACCUCAGCAGAGCCACAUGUGUCGGUAUUUGUCAUGGAAGUUGAAAUCGCUUGCGUGCAGCUCUGUUCACUGAGCUUUGAGCAGAGAAGAGACCGCAGAGACAUGGUAUGAAAUAAUACAUUCCUUUAUUCCGGUAAUUUACAAAUACAACAGUUUAGGGAGCCCAGAAACAGCAGUUGGGUGGAUGAGCACUAUGGUGCUGGAUGGAUGGAUGGAGGGUGUUAGCAUUCUUCACGCUGGCUGAGCAGAGGUCACACUCACAGAUGUCCGCCUUGCGCAAGAGGGACAGGCGCGCCAUACCAUUGCAUGGGGGUUGAGGUGGAGAGAGUAGCAAACAUCCUUUCUGUCUCCAGUCUCAUUUGGUUGCCCUGUUUCUGUCUGUCAUUUUAUCCGCAGCCAACAGAUAUUUGUUCUGACACACAUGGUUACAUAUCAAAGAAGAAAAAAGGCACCGUUUCUACUGUCCUGCCCCAAGCGGAAUGAUGGGUUGUGUCCAUACACUCGUUCCAGGCGAGGAACAGCCCUGGUGAUGGAAAGAGAUGGCAUGGGGCUUGAAAGCUGUACCCCACUGAGUCUCCUGCCCUGUGCAGCAUCCUCAUCGCAUGCUCCAUGUUUUGCCCCGUUGCUCUUUAGUAGGGUUAACAGGACGACACCUUUUGGUUCCGGAUCAGUCUGUUCCAACUAUGGCUCCUGGGCACUUCAUCCUUUUUUCUCUGAUACAUUCUGGUGGCGACAGUGUCUGCUAUUCAUGUGUUUUUUUUACUAAGUAACAGAAAAUCUGUACACUUAGCUUGCACUACUAAAAUCAGUUACUUUUCAUCAUUAUGACUAUGAAUCGGCACAAUGAGCAAGAAAGUGAAAUGAAAUAUUACUGUUAACCCUUUGCUGCUCAUUGGUGAAGGCGGCCCAUUUUCGGUACACUUUACCAACUGUAAGAGAGGUUUGUCAGAUAUUAGGCACCACAAUUUGAUAUGUUAGUUAGAUUUGCCACAGACACCAGCAAGCUUGAUAGCUCAGCUGGACCAAUUUAUAAACAAAAAUAGAGACAGUGAAUAAAAAUUAAAAAUAAACAGCUUGUUCAUGUAAUAAAU